CGCGUACGAGGAACAGCUUCUUGAAUGUCGGAAGGCAACAGCUCCUCUACCUAAGACUACUUUACUCGUUGUACUAUUGCUUCAAGCUGUCGCUGUAAAGCGCAUGGAAGAAUUUGCUGUAGCAGGCGUCGUACCCGCCGAGGCACUUGUUGACGCUGCAUCAGACAAAGAGAAGAGGUCACCGCGCAAGUCAACACGCUCGCGUCAUCCCUACCUCUCCGGCAACUACUGGCCGCAACCGCGGGAGCUACAUCUUGUGCCUUGUACUGUAGAAGGACAGAUCCCAGCUUGUCUUGCUGGCGGACAAUUUGUACGCAAUGGUCCGAAUGCUGCAUUGCCACCGGCCGAGGGUGAGAACUAUCACAUGUUUGACGGAGAUGGCAUGAUUCAUGGCGUUUACUUUCAAGAACAAGCGGAUGGGAAUGUAGUUCCGCUAUACAUCAACAAGUAUGUCAGAACAGACAUUUUCCUUGCAAGCAGCUACUGGGGCCUCAACCUUCUGCCGAGUAUCGCAUCGCUGAUUGAUCCUCUUUCCACAACAGUGAGGAUUCUGCAGUCUAUCAUCAGAUCAGGCGCGAUAGCGUUCCUCUCUGGCUCAACGCGUCUGUCAACAGCAAACACUUCUCUUGUCUUUCACGAUCGUCGACUCUUGGCGACCUGCGAGAGUGGUCCACCGAUGCACGUCAACGCGCCAGAAUUAGAGACGAUUGACUGGCAUACCUUCCCAGACGACGCUGGCCGUGGUCUCUCUCGUGUUCAAGGUAGUUCGAGCGAGUGGAUUACCGGCCAUCCAAAAGUUGAUCCCGUCAGUGGCGAAUUGCUCAUGUUUGGGUACGACAUUUUUCAGCUCUUCAAUCCACACAUACGACUCUCCAUCCUCGACAGCCAGGGUGUUCACAAACACUUUCAGAAGCCGGUCUAUCUGCAAUCUGCAAAACCCAAAAUGAUGCAUGACUUUGCCAUCACACAAAAGCAUGUGCUUAUCAUGGAUCUGCCACUCACAAUGUCCCCGUUCAAUGUGGCAACCGCGAAACCGAUGCUAUUCUUUGAUGCUAAUCUCAUUUCCAAAUUUGGAGUCCUUCAACGAGAUGACCCAGAUCAGAUCGUUUGGUUCGAAACUGAGAGCUGCAUGAUCUUCCACACCGUCAAUGCAUGGGACGACUACAACGAAGCUGGCCAACUGGUUGCCUUCUGCCUUGUUGCCUGUCGCUUCAAGGGCGCGAAGUUGGUCUAUGCUGCUGGUGCGAUAGAGAUGCCACAGACUGGAGAAGAUGUGGUUCACUUGUACUACUACCGAUUCGACUUGACAACACACAAAAUCAGCCACGAAUACGCUUUGUGCGAUUUUCCCAUCGAGUAUCCUUCCAUCAAUACACAAAAGCUCAGCUUGCGCAAUCAAUAUGCAUAUGGGGCGAGUAUGCGCGAAGGUAGUUUCGACACAGCCUUGAAUGGCGCUCAAAUUGAUGUCAUUGUCAAGUGCGAUAUACAGGCGUUGAUUCAAGAGCCACCUACCGGUGUGAAGGUGGCGACGUCCAAUGCGCCGCCAAAAAUGAAGCAUGUUACAACUCUACUAUUGCCACAAGGCUGUUAUGCGAGCGAGGCGACAUUUGUCUCGAGAGACCCUGCUGACAAAACACUCGACGAAGACGAUGGCUACCUGCUUCUACACGUGUAUGACGAAACUACACAAGAUGAGUAUGGUGAUGCCCCUGAUGAUAUCGGGUCGGAAGUCUGGGUCGUUUGCGCGAAGACCCUGAUUCUCCCGCCAUUGGCAAAGAUCAAGCUACCCCAACGCGUUCCAUAUGGCUUGCACGGAUUAUGGGUUUCUGGUCAACAGAUUGCGCUUCAACGUGAUGCCACGUUCAACACCAAGACCGGAACCAUGCAAUCGACAAGAGCUACGCGCGAUCAGACAUCUGUGUCGCUCAUUGCCAGUUUCUACAAAUGGUCCGCUAUUUGGGCUGGAAAGUCGGCUCUCCAUGGCGUCUCUAAUGGAAGAUUCGCCAUCAGCAUGUUGUUGUCCGCUGUGCUGGCGGUGUUGUUGACAUACCGAGCGUUGACUAUACUGCUUCAAGCAAUGAAGCAUCUGACCUGUACGGUCUGAACUUAUAACUACAUAUUUCCAACACAUAAUUGUAUUUGAUAAGCGUAGAUUGGCACUGAUGGCAGUUGAG